UCUAAUAGAAAAGAUAUAGAAUUGCUCUUCUCUUCUCCUCUUCCCCUCUGUCCCUCUUCUCCUUUCGAUCAGUUCUGGAAACUAUUGUUCCUAAGAACAAUUUCAUGGUAUCAGAGCCUUCGAGUUAGAGUAUCUAGAAAAAAUCGACGAUCUUACAAUUGAAAGUUCAAUUGAAGUGUAAAGCCAGAGUCAAGAUCAGCGAUCUUGAAGAAUUGGAACAAUGGUGGGUACUGAAAGUUCAACCACAGGGACGACUGGUCUAGGUGGGAUUCAAUCCUCUGUUCAAGGUGGAAUGCAACCUAAUGUGAUCGAUUACAAUCAUCCACUAUUCCUCAAUCCAUCAGAUGUGAGUGGUGCCCAGAUCAUAUCGUUUCAACUCACAGGUAUUGAGAAUUACUCAAUCUGGCAUAGAUCCAUACCAGUGGCUUUGUUAGGAAGAAAUAAAUUGGGUAUGAUAGAUGGAACUUGUACUAAAGAUAAGUUUCCUAGUGAAUUGGGGAAUAAUUGGGAGAGGGUAAAUGCAGUAGUGUUAUCUUGGAUAAUGAAUUUUGUUGCUAAAGAGUUGCUUGGGGGUAUAAUGUAUACAUCUAUAGCAAAAGAAGUGUGGGAUGAUCUAUAUGAGAGGUUUCAUAAAAUUGAUGAUGUGAGAACCUUUAAUCUGCAUAAGAAUAUAGCCUCCCUGUCUCAAGAAAAUAUGUCUGUGUGUGCAUAUUUUUCAAAACUGAAAGAUUUGUGGGAUGAGUUCAAAGCACUUGUUCCUGCACCAAACUGUGAAUGUGAUAAGUCUAAAGAUUUUGUGGUGCAUCUUCAGAAAUUGAAAUUGUUUCAGUUCUUAAUGGGAUUAAAUGAGUCAUAUCUUCAAGCAAGAAGUCAAAUAUUGCUUAUGAGUCAUUUGCCUUCAGUAAAUCAAGCUUAUGCUAUGAUUGUAAGUGAUGAAAGUCAUAAGGCAGUAGCUACAAGUGUUGGAGUAUUGGGAGUUAGGCCAGGUGCACAGUUGAGAGAUUAUGAAGUAGCUAUGUAUUCAAGAAAUCAGGGACAAAGGCUUAAUAAAAACUCUAAUGUUCAGUGUGACUUUUGCAAGUUAAAGGGUCACACCAAGGAGAAUUGUUGGAAGUUAAUUGGCUACCCUCCUAAUUUCAAAACCAAGAGAAAUCAAAGAAUAGAAAGUGGUGUUGCCUAUAAUGUAGUGGCUGGUCAGUCUAGUGAACAAUGCUCUCAAGUAAAGGCAAGGACAUGUGAUCAAGAAGAUUUUGAAGUGCAGAUGUCUAUGAUAAGCCAGAUAGGUAAAGCAGUUUUCACACAAGAGCAAUACAAUCAGAUUCUAAAGAUGAUCCACACUAGCAGUACAUCAACACAGGAGACUGAGGCAGCAGAUGCGGCUAAUGUCGCAGGAUCUCUACACUGGGAAGGUGAGAGCAAUUGGAAGAGCUAAUGGUGGUUUGUAUUUCCUGGCUGAUCAGAUAAAUAAAAAGGCAACUAGUUGUGGAAACAAUGAAGUAUUAACUACUAAUACUAUGGAGAAGAAACAAGCAGAAGUGGACUUAUGGCAU